AUGAGCUCCCCUUAUACCGUCCAGAUUCACCAGAGCACCAAGGAGCCUUCAAUCUCUAGCUCAUACAGCUACUCUUCUGGUUCGUACAGUUCUUCAACCAGCACAACACCUCGAUCUCUUUCUCCUGGCGAGUACCGCGAGUACGGGGCUGAUAAGCACACUACACAAGUCGCCAAAUCUGGUCGCAACCUGGUUAUCAACCACAAUAAAGUUUCUUACGAGAAGGACUCGCCGGCGCCGACAUACGCAGGUGCAUAUACACGAACCUGA